AGUCCCGUGCCGAGGUUCAGCAGCCCACAGCUUUUCAACACAAUCAAUAUCGAGCAAGAGGAGCGCAGCAUGCACUUCUCGAUAUAGCCUACUGUAUUUGCUUUCGAACUUCGCUGUUCUUAUGUUUACCCUCCCUCGCAGUAACGUCAUGCCGUUGCCGUCUACUUACUUCACGCGCGACAUUCCAGUUUGACAGCAGAAUCCCCCUAGAGCGUCUCCGUCGACGGCCCACCUCACCUGCGUACGACUCUGUCGUUUUGAACAUUUUGGAUUUCUGAGAUCCACCUGAGCCAAAGUAUGGAAUAGGCUACAUGAUUUUACAAGAAAGAAGCAGCGGCAAGGAUGGAAAGAAACAUAAUGCGGUUAUUUGCUGGAAUUCUCUGCGUUACUUUAAUAUCUUUUAGAAGUUUUGUAUCGUCGGAGAAAAAAGUAUGCCAGGGCCUUAGCAACAAGAUCACGUUGCUGGGCAACUCUGAGAUGCACUACAGAAACCUGGUGCGGAUGUACAGCAACUGCACCAUAGUGCUGGACAACCUGGAGAUCACUCACAUCGAGGAGAACCGCGACCUCUCCUUCCUCAGGAGCAUAGAGGAAGUGAACGGCUACGUGCUGAUCGCCGUCAACUCUGUGUCGUCCAUCCCCCUGGAGAACCUGAGGCUGAUCCGAGGCCACACGCUCUACGACGACCGCUUUGCGCUCACCGUCACGUCCAACUACGACCGCAACGACUCCUCGCCAGUGGCCCAUGUGACCAGAGGCCUGCGAGAGCUGCCGUUGACCAGUCUUACAGAGAUCCUCCAAGGUGGUGUGAAAAUCACCUUCAACCGUCUGCUGUGUAAUGUGGACACCAUCAAGUGGAACGACAUCGUCAACAGCCAAGACGUGGUGCUGAACACUUCAAGUUUCACCGGUUUCUGCCAACCAUGUGACCCAAGUUGUUUUGAAGGAUCUUGCUGGGCGCCAGGACCUGAAAACUGCCAAACAAUGACAAAGCUAAUCUGUGCUGAGCAGUGCUCCCAUCGCUGCAAAGGCACUAAGCCCAACGACUGCUGCAAUGAUGAGUGUGCCGGGGGCUGCAGGGGACCCUAUGCCACUGACUGCUUUGCCUGCAGGUCCUUCCAAGAUGGUGACAUGUGUGUGCGGGCCUGCCCCCCUCUGUGGACGUACAUCAAUCAUGACCUUGUCCCCAACCCCAAGGGCAAAUACACAUACGGAGCCACCUGCGUGGACACCUGCCCUCAUAACUAUGUGGUGACAGACUUUGGGGCGUGCGUGCGGACCUGCAGUGCCAAUACGUACGAGGUGGAGGACAACGGCGUCCGCAAGUGCAAGCGCUGCGAUGACCUCUGCCCAAAAGUUUGCAAUGGGUUAGGCACGGGCCAACUUGCUACCGCAACAACGAUCAAUGCCGCAAAUAUUGACUCCUUUGAAAACUGCACCAAGAUUAAUGGCCAUAUAUCCUUUCUAUUAAGCUCCAUCAAAGGAGACCGUUUUACCAACACACCAAGGAUGGAUCCCUCAAAGUUGAACAUCUUCAAAACUGUGAGGGAGAUCUCAGGCUAUCUGGUGAUCUUUGAGUGGCCUGAUGACAUGGUCUCCCUCAGCCCCUUUGAAAACCUGGAGGUCAUCCAGGGCAGGACCAAGUACAGGGGCGUCCAGAGUUUCGCCAUCCACAAUAUGACGCGCCUGGAGUACUUGGGGCUGCGCUCGCUGAGGGAGGUGAGCGACGGGGAUGUGUACGUCCGGAAGAACCCUCGUCUCUGCUACACGGGCGACGGAAGCUACUGGAAGCGUCUCUUCAGGCUGGACAGACAGCAGUACACUGUCUCCAUGAACGCUGGUGAAGCAACUUGUGCUCUGCAGAACAGCACCUGUGACAGCUUGUGCUCAGAGGCAGGUUGCUGGGGCCCAGGGCCCAAAAUGUGCCACAGCUGUCUGCACUUCAAGCGCAAGAGUCUCUGUGUGGCCGCCUGCAACCUGCUGCAAGGGUCACCGAGAGAGUAUGUGCUGAACAAGACCUGUCUGGAAUGUGACAGGGAAUGCAAGCCGCAGAACGGCCGUCCGACCUGCCGAGGACCGGGCACAGACCAUUGUGAGCAGUGCCAGCACUACAAGGACGGGCCGCACUGCGUCCUCCGAUGCCCUAACAAUGUGCCCGGGAAGAACAACGUGCCCAUCUUCAAGUACCCGGACAGGAGAGGGGAGUGCCAGUCAUGCCACAUCAACUGCACACAAGGAUGCUUUGGGCCAGGCCUGUCUGGCUGCGAGCCAAGAAGCUCCCACAUGCCCAUGGUAGCGGCGGGGGUGGUGGGAGGGCUGCUCCUGGUCCUCAUCCUGGCUCUCACCAUCAUGGUCUGCGCCCGCCGACGCCACAUCCGCCGCAAGAGGACCCUGCGCAGGCUGCUCCAGGAGAGAGAGUUGGUGGAGCCCCUGACCCCCAGUGGAGAGGCGCCCAAUCAGGCCCUGCUGCGCAUCCUGAAGGAGACAGAGCUCAGGAAGAUCAAAGUGCUGGGCUCAGGGGCAUUUGGCACAGUCUACAAAGGUCUGUGGGUUCCAGAAGGAGAGCAUGUGAAGAUCCCAGUCGCCAUCAAAGAGCUGAGAGAGGUCUCAUCUCCCAAAGCCAACAAAGAGAUCUUGGACGAGGCGUACCUGAUGGCGAGCGUGGAGCACCCCCAUGUGUGUCGCCUACUGGGCAUCUGCCUGACGUCCCCCGUGCAGCUGGUCACCCAGAUCAUGCCCUUCGGCUGCCUGCUCGACUACGUCCGCGAGAACAACGACAACAUCGGCUCCCAGAUCCUCCUCAACUGGUGUGUCCAGAUCGCCAAGGGUAUGAGCUACUUGGAGGAGCGCCAUCUGGUCCACCGGGACUUGGCCGCGAGGAACGUGCUCGUCAAGACUCCCAACCACGUCAAGAUCACCGACUUUGGCUUGGCCAAGCUCCUCAGCGCUGAUGAGAAGGAGUACCAUUCAGAUGGAGGCAAGGUACCCAUCAAGUGGAUGGCAUUGGAGUCCAUUCUCCACUGGACCUACACUCACCAGAGCGACGUAUGGAGCUACGGUGUGACUGUUUGGGAGCUGAUGACGUUCGGGUCGAAACCUUAUGACGGCAUCCCGGCGAGUACCAUUGCUGACAUCCUGGAGAAGGGAGAGCGUCUUCCCCAACCCCCCAUCUGCACCAUAGACGUCUACAUGAUCAUGGUCAAAUGCUGGAUGAUUGACGCAGACAGCCGGCCGCACUUCAGGGAGCUUGUUGGAGAGUUUUCCAAAAUGGCUCGCGAUCCAUCCCGCUACCUGGUCAUACAGGGAGACGAGCGGAUGUGCCUGCCCAGCCCGACGGACACGCGCUUCUACCGGAGCCUGAUCAGCAGCGAGGAGCUGGAGGACGUGGUGGAUCCUGAGGAGUACCUUCUGCCCACCAAGGCCUUCUUCAGACAGGGCACGCCGGGCAUGACCCGCCAGCCCCAACCCCACCACCUCCAGCACCAUCACCAACCGCAGCAGCAGCACCACAACCACCACCACCAACAGCAGCCUCGCCUAACCCUGGUGACCGCCAACGCUGCCUCAACCUCAGCCACAGCCACAGCCAUCACCCCCACACACACAGCACACAACAGCCCCCUCCACAGGCACACAGCCACCCCACACUCGGCCAACACCACCUCCUCCACCUCCACCUCCACACCACCUCCAUCUCCAUCUCCACUGCAUGUGAUCAUUAGAACUAGAAAUCAGAAUGGCCACCCAGUUCGAGAAAACAGCGUAAUUCUACGCUACAUCACAGAUCCAACACAAGGCCCACUUGAGAAAGACCAUCCUCUGCCAGAGUAUGUGAACCAGCAAGAGUCUGAACUCUGCGACAUGAUCAACCCCAACUACGAAGACCCCAUCGAGAUGGACAGGCACGUUGGAUCCAGCACGUACAACAGCUACGGCGUCGAGGAAGAAGAUGAGGAUGAGGAUGAGGAAGGCUACUGUGAGGUGUUUGGGAGCAAUCCGGAAGGCCCAGAGUACCUAAACACGGCCAGGUGUACGCUCCCGCGGCCGCUCUGCUCCGACCUGGACAACCCCGACUACCAAGAGGGCUUUGUGCCUUUGGACAUCCCCAGGAACCUCUUCCUGCCCGCCGCAGAGAACAUGGAGUACCUGGGACUGAAUGGCAAAGUGCAGGCGAGCCCCGCUGCACGUUAAGAGGACGAGCGCUGUGGCAACAGGCUGCAGAUAUGAGCGCAGAUGCGGUGCUUGGUCCAUGGUCCAUUCUCUGGCACCACAUGAGCCUGGCUGAAACUGGGCCUGAAACUGCAAAGGAAGUGGUUCAAUUCAACCAACCCUUGAAGCGUCAAAAAAAAAAAAACUUCAGCUCUUAUCCUGCAGUGUUAUAUUUAUAAGGCUUAAUGAGUUUUUCACAUGAGCACCUGAACAAAUACCGGGGAUUUGUUGUGUGAUUGACGUGUGAGCGGAUGGGUUUGUGCGUACGUUGGUAUUGGUAUGUACGUAUGUGUAUGCCCACCACGGGUGUGUGAGAAUUGCACAGUAUCCGUGCCCUUCAAUAUGGCUGCCAGAGCCAUCUGGAGCGCCCCCCCUCUCUCUGGAUAAAUAAAACCGUCACCGUGGCAGCAAUCCACAGGAUAAAGGUGGCGGAUGCUCACCGAUGACCGUUGACCUCACCUUGAGCCUUGGCUCUCAGCCAGCAAAGUUACAGCCACACAGCCGUGGCACCUUCGCCCCCUGGAGACCUCCAGCGGAGGAAGAGACGCGAAUAGGACACAACAGGAGCACUGUAGCCUGCCAGGACAGGACACAUCACUGACUCACACAUCAGGGGCUAAUGACAAACACACACGCAGUGUUUUAGAGUGAAGAUGGUUAUGUUACAUUACAUUACACUUAGCUGACGCUUUCAUCCAAAGCGACUUACAGUUAUUUUAGUUUGAAGCACUGGGUAUAGGUUAUAGUACCUGGAGCAGUGUGGGGUUAGGCAUCUUGCUCAAGGGCACUUCAGCCAUGGAGUGAGAUAGGGAGUAGAAUGGUGGGAUUUGAACCUGCAACCCUCUGAUCUUAAGUUCCAUUUUCUUAACCACUAGGCCACGGCUGCUACUGGUUAUGUAAUAGCUUCUUUGAGGGGAAAAAACAGAUAUAAACAUAAAAAGAAAGAAAGCCUGCAAGGGCCGAGGGAAGUUUUCACAGUGAAUAAACGAAAAGUACUUGAAAUGAAAUACCACAACAAUUUUCACGAGACACCCUUGUAGUCACAAUAGUCUACUAGGAACUAGUUUAGUUAACAGUACACUGCAGGAUAAUUUAUUAUUUUCCAUUUUCAAAACUCCAGUGUAGAUCCGCUUUUGAACUGCAAACAAUAGUUCAAUGUAUCAGUGUUCAUUUAGUGCAGGGGUCCCCAAACUAAGGCCCGGGGGCCGGAUGCGGCCCGCCAUGUCCCUUUGACCGGCCCUCCACCUCUCUGCACCUCAUCAUUUGAACUGGCCCAAAGAAGCAAUCCUCUCAGAAAAAAAUAGUAAUAAUAAUAUGUUUUUUUUAAACAUUGUAUUUUGUUUAUCAACAGGCGUUCCUACAGUUUAAUUUUCACUAACCUAGUGUGAAUCACCAGAAGUUUCUUGUCUUGACAGCUUCUCAUCUCACUGUAAUAUAAACAGGCCUACCAUUUCUAUUGUAUCACUCAUAAGCUGUCAAUCACCAUAUUUUUCUAACCUUUCCAUGCUGUUUUUACAUGGUUAUUAGAAGGAAUACCUGUGGUAUUUUAAAUUGAAAAACAUGUGAAGUACUCACUGCUUUUGCAAAUCGCAUGUAAUAAUGAACUAUUCUGUGCUAGAAAUUAUGGCUUUAACAGGCAGCGGCCUAGUAUACAGCCCACAUGAUUGAUCCCGGUCCCUGAUCACAGUCAGGAAUAAUAAUGUGGCCGCCAGAGAAAAAAGUUUGGGGACCCCUGAUUUAGUGUUUAAAGAUGCAUAACUGUGAAAUGGGUACAAAACAAUUUGUAUUUGUACAUGUUUUGUAUAUUGUCUUAUUUUAGCAGAAUGUUACAGAAUGUCCUUGUAGAGUUGUUUUGGAAUGUAAUGUUGAAGCAGUAUUAUAAUUGUUUGUGUGAUGCAGGAACUGGCUGAUCUAGCAAUCUUAACAAUUUCAAAAUACUCAAAAACAUGUUUUUAUUGUGUUUCUCAGUAAAUAUCCGUAAAGUCACUGUUUUCUUGUUUGGAUGUCCUCCGGAAAACCAGAUAACAUUAACCCAGCUCCAACUGCCCCAAUGUCAAGGCCAAUGAUGGCUUUGGCCGGGCCUAAAGGGCCCUCCUCUCAAUACAUACCUUGUAAUGAGGUCCUAGUUUUGUAUCCCCUCUCCCGGGGCUUUUUUAAAACUGAAUUGCUUUUGUGGCAUUUUGGAAAAGAGCUCUUCAAUUUUUUUUGGUGCCCCGAGUCAAAUCUGUACAGUAAGCAAGACUACUUAAUAGCACAACAAGAAUGUUGUACACACGUAACUAUUAAUUAUUCAAUCAAAAACACUUUAAAUAAUAUGAAGCCUUGAAUAAUGCACCAGGCACACUGCAUGGGAACUACUAUGUGGUCAUUUUGUGAAUGAACAAUGGGCAAUAAUGGAUAGAAGUGCUGCAGAGAGCAAGGUUUGCAUUUUUCUACUAAAGUAGUAAAGUAGUUUGAUACUGAAAUGGAGGGACUUUGCUGUUUGCUUUGGCACAUUUUACCCACAAAAUGGCCAGAAUUUCAAUUAUUAAUUACAUGUGUUUGGUUCCACAAGUAGGCCUAUGUGUUGAUUUUCCUUUAGUUUAGACAAAGAUUGAGGACUGCAGUUUUUACGGUAGCUUUACUUUGCUGUUUGCAUAGGUUUAAAUCCCAACUAAUGUUUUAUAGACCAUGAAUCCAAAAAUCUGUUGCAUUGUACUAUUUUGUUAAAAUGUGCUAGAUUUGAAACAAUGUGUCAAUUUCUCAGUCUACCUUUCUCUCUAAUCCUGUUUCAGUGGCUCAUAGUUAGUUGGCUUUUCCUGUUUACCAUUUCCUACUUUAUAGGAGGUGGACUAUCACCAAGUAUGUGCACACACACGCCACCAAAGAUUUGGAUCAGUUUCAAAGACAACACAUCCUGAUGCAUUUAAAGGGUUGUUUGAGAACACAGUCACACACACACACAUACACACACACUUUGCCUCUUAACUAGGCAUUUCACAUCUCAAUCUUUUUUUUUUUGUUCUGUCGACUUGUACAGUAUAGUUAAACACUGUUUCAGUAGUUUCUUAAGCUUUUUGAAAAGCACGGAGGUCGCAAACUUCUGGUCGAGGAGACUAUCGUGUGGUCUGAGUAGGCCUUCCUGUGAUGUGAUAAACAGUAUGUGUACAUUUUAAUGCACUUAAUAUUUUCAUGUUGUCGCGAUUUAGUUUGUUGGCAUCCAAUAGCAAUAAACACACGUGAACGUAAA